AUGGUUUCCUCUCAGUUUUCUGGUAUGAGUGUGGCUGGUAUGUGUAAACCGUUGCUCUUCCCUGUUAAUGAUCCUGGUACUGCAACCACGGAUCACAUUGAGAUGGAUUUCUCUGAUGUUUUUGGUCCUCUUACGGUAGAAGUCAAUAACAUUGAUAAUCUUUCUUUUGACUCUGUUGAUGAGUCGAGCAAGCUGGUUUAUGAUGACCCUGAAGUCAUCUUCACUCGUUCGCAUUCUUUGGUUGGUCCUUCUAAUUGUGUUGGUCAGUCACUCAAACUCAGUAAGCUCACCAUACAUGAGUCUGACUCUGACAAUUCAUUGGAACUAGUGAAGAGUGUUACUGAAGAGACCGUUGGCGUCAAAGAGGUUAUCAAUGAGGAAUCUUUGAAUGAUGAAGACAGGAGCCUCGUGGAGAUCCAGAGAGUUAGCAUUGAAGAUUUUGAGGUUUUGAAGGUUGUGGGGCAGGGUGCGUUUGCAAAAGUAUAUCAGGUGAGGAAAAAGGGCACUUCGGAAAUAUAUGCUAUGAAGGUUAUGCGGAAGGAUAAGAUUAUGGAGAAAAACCAUGCCGAAUACAUGAAAGCUGAGAGGGAGAUUUUGACAAAGAUUGAGCAUCCCUUUGUUGUACAACUUAGAUACUCUUUUCAGACAAAAUACAGAUUGUAUCUUGUGCUGGAUUUCGUAAAUGGAGGCCAUCUUUUCUUUCAGCUUUAUCACCAGGGCCUUUUCAGAGAGGAUCUUGCACGCAUAUAUGCCGCCGAGAUUGUUUCUGCAGUUUCCCAUCUCCACUCAAAGGGAAUAAUGCACAGGGAUCUAAAACCUGAAAAUAUCCUUAUGGAUGUCGAUGGCCAUGUUAUGUUGACUGAUUUUGGAUUAGCAAAACAAUUUGAAGAAAGUACAAGAUCUAAUUCAAUGUGUGGUACGUUAGAGUACAUGGCACCUGAAAUUAUUCUUGGCAAGGGACAUGAUAAGGCUGCUGAUUGGUGGAGCGUAGGUGUCUUACUGUUUGAGAUGCUCACUGGGAAGCCGCCCUUCUGUGGUGGGAACCGUGAGAAGAUUCAGCAGAAGAUAGUGAAAGAUAAGAUUAAGCUGCCAGGAUAUUUGUCAAGUGAAGCACAUGCACUGUUGAAAGGGCUGCUACAGAAAGAGGCACCAAAGAGGUUGGGUUGUGGAGCUAAAGGGUUUGCGGAAAUUAAAGGGCACAAGUGGUUCAAACCAAUCAAUUGGAAGAAGUUGGAUGCACGUGAAAUUGAACCAAGCUUUCGUCCAGAAGUAGCUGGGAAGUACUGUGUUGCAAACUUUGAGAAGCGCUGGACUGAUAUGCCUCUUGUUGAUUCACCAGCUGCAAGCCCAAAUGGUGGAAAUCCCUUCAAGGAUUUCUCUUAUGUCAGACCUGCAGCCUCUUUUCUUCAACAGAAUAGCCCUGCAGCCUCUUUUCUUCAACAGAAUAGCCCUGCUUGCUAA